GUCGGCAGUUUGCUGUGGCCGCCGCGACUGUGUCCGACACCUUUGAAGUCAAUAUGAUCAACAUCAUGAAGCGAUUUGUAGAGUCCUCGGUGAGCCAGGCAUUGCAUGAGGGCACACAGGAUGCCGAUAGUGCUGCAAGUGCCGCUACCGAGCCUGGGACGACGUCGGCGCCGUUUUCGGCGUUGGAUCCACCACGCUCGAAUGAUCGAUCGACGCCGCAAGGUGCACCGCCUUCUCGAGAACGGACUGCGUCGUCGUCGUCAGACCCUACGAUGCGCCGCACUGUGCCAAAAGCGGACCUCGUCAUGGCCAUCGAGCGGUUUCAAUACGCGAUGUUGCUGGCCGAGCGAAAGACCGCCGUGACACAACUACAGAAGCUGUGGGUCGAAGCCGACAUCCCCGACGACGCGCACCGGCUGAUCAUUCCCGUCAUUUUGAACGCGCUAGUCACGGAUCCGAGGGACACGGAGCUCAUGGAAGCCAUGCUAGAGCUCAUGCAGUCGAUCGUCUCGACCAACCCGUCGAAUGCCUCCAUUCUGCUGCAAGAGCCACAUGCGCUGGACACGAUUCUUGGGCUCAUGCAAGAUCCGUCGCCGUGGAUUCGAGGACCGACGGUGCAGCUCAUCAAAAAGGUGCAGGAUGGCGACUCAGCCAGUUUUGCCACGCACAUCUUGGCGUGUCAGGAAGGACUGCGAUUGCUCUUGGAAGUGGUCGAAGACAAGCGAGAGCACAUUCGCGAUACCGCGGUCCAGAUCCUGCUCAGCAUGACGUUAAACCAGUCGCCUCUGACACUUCGCCACGUCCAGCAAUUCCUCGCGUUCGAAGAUGGCUUUACGCGUUUGUUUCAAAUCGUCGACUUGGAGCUCGAGGGCCACGGCCUGGACAGUGCGGUGCUCGUGGACUGUUUGCAUGUAAUCGUCAAUAUGGUGCGCAAUAACACCAUGUCGCAGUCGCUGUUGAGGGAGACUCCGUUCGUGCCCGUGUUGUUUCCGCUGCUUCUGGACGCCGGCCUCCCUUCCCCCGACCAGCCAAAUCACCACCCGGCGCCACUUGAAGACGACGACGAAGGCAAUCAACCGUCCAGCACAGGGCUGCGUACUACGUUGGACAUCCUCUUGUGCCUCGUUGGACCCGUCUACCCCAACACACCCCCGGAAGAGCUAGACGAAGUCGCUAGACGCGAUCAGACCAAGCGGCAAGAAGAGCGAAGUGCUGUGCAGGCCCACUUGGCCCAACUGCCAGACGUCGUCGCCGCCGUGGGCGAGGUGGCCUGCCACGGAGUCACCGAAGCCGACCGCAUGCAUGCGCUGCAGGUGCUCCACUUGCUUUGUGAAGACAACGAAGCGCAUCAGCUCGUGGCGCUUACAUGGACGUCCAUGACAACGUCGCCGUCGUAUGUGCUGAGCAUGUGCUUGAGGCUGGACGUCCACCAUGAAGAAACCCCCCUUGGCGCGAGUGCCCGAACGCUGCUCGAUGGUGUGUGGCAUAAUGACUUAGCCAAAAUUUCCAUCCUGCAGCAUAUUCACGCACCGCCGCCGCCGCCCCUCGAAACUGGUCCCAUAGAACCAGUGGGUCAAGUCUUGGUCAAGACGAUGGCAACUACCCUCGAUGCGAUGGUACAGCAAUCGACGGCAACGUUGUCGUUGACCCCGAAAGAUGCGGCCAAAGUUGUGUGGAAAUGUUGUGGUCGUUGGCGGAGUUUGUUGCACAACAGUGAAUGCAAGCAACUGGCGCUUCGCGUCCCCGCGCCCCACGCUACGCAGGCCGUGAGCGGCAGCUGCUUUUUGAAUGCGUGCGUCCAGUGGGUGAUGGAGUUACCCCGGUCGAAAGCCACCUACCCCGUCUUCAUCGCGCUCUUCCACGUCAUCCUCUGCUGGGUGCACGGAUGCGGCCCCGCCAUCCAUGAAAUUGUCACGAGCAUCCCCACGCUCACGUUUUUGUGCACAACUAUUGGCCACAUUUCGACAAGCCUCAGUGGUGGCGACGAUGCCAGCCACGUCGAGGUUGAAUUGGCGGGGCUGUCGGCCAUGGUGCUAGGCGUGUGCCUGGACGGUUUAGAUGGCAAAAUCAUUCCGCUGACAAAGGAGCAGCUACUGGGACUCAUCACGCGGCAAAUCGGACUUCAAAAAUUCACCGACGCGUUCGGCCGCAUGCAGCAACUCGCGUCGUUUCAGAAUUCCAAGCGGAGUGGCGGCGUUGAUGGCAUGUCUGCCGUAUACGACAAAGGGUUUGUACAAUGGUUCAAACAUGUCGCCGACGCGACGCGCGUGGGUAUUUUGCACGUGUACAUGGGAAAUGGCACCAGUUCGGCUGCCGUGGGGGACGACAGCCGGUCGAAAGCGUACAUGGACUUGAUCCGCAUGCAAGACGAGCAGCUUGAGGCGCUGCGGGACCAGGUGACGCACCUCACGACACGUGGCGCCACGUCAUCGUGCCAGGCCACGAAAAACCCACUUGCAGACGACUUGGCUGCCGCGCACAACCAAAUUGCAGAGCUCAAGCUAGCCCAAGACCGCAAUGAAACGCGGAUCCGUGGCCUUACGACUGCCAACGACCUGGUGGAGCGAGAACUGCAGCGAAAGGACGCAGCGCUCAAGAAACUACUGCACGCGGAGGCGGCUACGACCACCACCACUUUGGAGAUGGCGCCGGCAUUGACCGACCUGUCGAAAGGACUCCAUCGCUCAGAAGAGCAAGAACUGCGCGUGGACCAAUUAGAAAACGACGUGCGUCGGCUGACUCGACAGCUGCAGCAGAAAGAGGACGCAUUGGAUGCUGCUCGUGCCACGAUUGACAUGCUCUCGGCGCAUCAAGCGAUAGCGGUGGGUCACAAAGAAGAACAAGAGCACGCCACGUCAAACGACAAUGACACACUGGAACGUCGAGUCGAGGCAUUGGAAAAAGAGCUCCGUGAAGCCCACGACAGCCACACAAUGACCGUGUCCACGCUCGUGGCCAGGCACGAACAAGCCACGACACAAUGGCAAGCCGACGCGACCAACAAUUUGAACCAAGCCUUGCAAUCCCAAGCCAGAGACUUGGCCAUCGCCCAUGAAACCCAAAGAACCGCAUGGCACGCGACUCGAAUCAAGAUGGAAACCGAGUUGCAUCGCCUAGAAAAUGUAUUUGAUCAACUGCACCACGAAAGCGAGAAAAGGCUCCAGUUGGAAGCCCAAGUAAGUCGCCUUGAAGCUGUGAACGCAGCCCACGACCGAGUCGUGGACAACUCCCAUGACGUGGAGCCGCCGCAAGAAGUGCUCAUGCUUGUGGGCAGUUUGGAAAUCCAGUGCCGCAGCUUUCGCGAUGUGUUGGAGCAGGUCCUCGGCCCCGAAGGCGUUUCGAAGGCGCUUCAGCUGAGCCAAGAUCGAGGCGCGGUGCCGUUUUGGUCGAGUUCUUGUUAACACUAAAGACCUCUACCUCUUAUCGU